GGCUGGGGAUGGAGUGACGAAGUCGGGACGUGCCGUCAGCGCGAGGAGGCCCCGCCUGGCCCGGGUGCACAUAAAGGGCCGGUGUGCAGCACCCUCAGCAUCCAGUUCCCAGCACCUGUUCUCGCUCUCUCUCUGCCAGCUGCUCGACACCUCACCUCCCUCCCGGGCACCAUGGCCUCCUGCAGCCGCCAGUUCACCUCCUCCAGCUCCAUGAAGGGCUCCUGCGGCAUCGGUGGCCGCGUCUCUUCCUGCCGGGUCCCCAGCACCUACGGGGGCCUGUCGGUCACCUCCUCCCGCUUCUCCUCCGGGGGAGCCUGCGGGCUGGGGGGUGGCUAUGGCGGUGGCUUUAGCAGCAGCAGCUUCGGUGGAGGAUACGGCAGUGGCUUUGGUGCUGGCCUUGGUGGUGGAUUUGGUGCUGGCUUUGGUGGUGGCUUUGGUGCUGGCUUUGGCGGUGGCGAUGGGCUCCUCUCUGGCAAUGAGAAGAUCACCAUGCAGAACCUCAACGACCGCCUGGCCUCCUACCUGGACAAGGUGCGGGCCCUGGAGGAGGCCAACGCCGACCUGGAGGUAAAGAUCCGAGACUGGUACCAGCGGCAGCGGCCCAGUGAGAUCAAAGACUACAGCCCCUACUUCAGGACCAUUGAGGACCUGAAGGACAAGAUCUUCACGGCCACCACGGAGAACGCGCAGUCUGUCCUGCAGAUUGACAACGCCAGGCUGGCUGCUGACGACUUCAGGACCAAGUACGAGCACGAGCAGGCCCUGCGCCUGAGCGUGGAGGCCGACAUCAACGGGCUGCGCAGGGUGCUGGACGAGCUGACCAUGACCCGCUCAGACCUGGAGAUGCAGAUCGAGAGCCUGAAGGAGGAGCUGGCCUUCCUGAGGAAGAACCACGAGGAGGAGAUGCUGGCUCUGCGGAACCAGACAGGCGGGGACGUCAACGUGGAGAUGGACGCGGCCCCCGGCGUGGACCUGAGCCGCAUCCUGAAUGAGAUGCGCGACCAGUACGAGCAGAUGGCCGAGAAGAACCGCAGGGAUGCCGAGGCCUGGUUCCUGAGCAAGACCGAGGAGCUGAACAAGGAAGUGGCCUCCAACAGUGACCUGAUCCGGAGCGGCCGCAGCGAGGUCUCGGAGCUCCGCAGGGUGCUCCAAGGCCUGGAGAUCGAGCUGCAGUCCCAGCUCAGCAUGAAAGCGUCCCUGGAGAGCAGCCUGGAGGAGACCAAGGGCCGCUACUUGCCUUCCGCGGCUUCCAAGGGGCCCAGCCGCCGCGGGCUCCUGCCUGCUCCUGACUUCUCCCACGCCUCAGGGGAGGAGCUGAGGCUGGGGGAGGCCGAGCAGCUUCCCCGGAGGGCCACUGUGGUUGGGAGGCCGGACGGUCCCGGGGCGCAGCCUGACCCGCUGUGUCCACCUGAGGCUGCUGGGGCCGGGCAUCACGGCUUGCCGCUGGGGAGUCCCCACGCUCACAGCACCCCUCGGUCAUCCCCGCCCGGGGCCCCCUUGCCCGCGCUCCCCGACCCCCCGCAGCUCCCCUUCCCUUUCCCCCCGGAGUCCACGCAGGACAGGAGACAGGCGGCCCUCGCCUUCCUGCCUCGGCCUCCUGCCGCCUCUCCUGGUCCUCGCCGCUCCCCCGCGAACACCCCGAUUCCACUCACUGCGCCGGGUGCAUCUCCUCACCACCCCCGAGUCCCGGGCCUCACUGACUCCCCCCGCCCUCAGAGCUGCGACCUGCGAACGCGGGGUGCGGCGUCCCAGAGGGUGGCUGUGCCCUGA